ACAAAAGUGACUUCCCACCGCAGCCCUAAAAACCAAAACCUUCGUCUACCCCCAGCUUUGCUCAUAUAUAUCUGAUCAUCCGUUUGGUUCCUCUCUCUACCGCUAUACAUAUACACAUACUGCUGAACAGUUAAUCGGUCUUAUCGGUAUCGAGUUAUCCAUCUUCUUGAAUCCAUCUAGUCAAACUGUAUGUAAGGACAUCUAUUAAGUUGGACCAGUUAAUAUUGAUCCUGAUCGACAACAAUUACUAGUGUUGGCUGGGGGAACGUGCAUGAUCAUGGAUGAACAAUCGUCUGGACCUGCAUCCAACUUUUCGGGUUCAGGAGACGAAGCUAAGGGCGGGAGUUGUUGCUCACGGGGCCACUGGAGGCCAGCUGAGGACGAGAAGCUCCGGCAGCUCGUUGAGCAGUAUGGUGCCCAGAACUGGAACUCCAUCGCUGAGAAGCUAGAAGGAAGAUCAGGAAAGAGCUGCAGACUAAGAUGGUUUAACCAACUCGACCCCAGGAUCAACCGGAGACCAUUUACUGAUGAGGAAGAAGAGAGACUCCUCUCAGCCCAUCACAUACACGGUAACAAGUGGGCCCUCAUCGCCCGGAUGUUCCCUGGUCGAACUGAUAAUGCGGUCAAGAACCACUGGCACGUCGUGAUGGCGAGAAAGCAGAGGGAGCAGUCGAAGAUCCGCGGGAAGAGAGUGAGGCCACCCUUUCCUGAUCAAACCAUCUGCAGCGACCCAAACGGUGUGGCUCAAUUCCGCGGAAGAAAACCUGGGCUUGAUCAAGAGUCAAUCAGUUCCUCAUUCGAGUUAUUCGAUUUUCAAAACCCUAACAAGGAUGGGACUUUUGCUCUAUCUCCACCAAGUUCCCUUUCAUGGAGCUUUACCUUCGGCCCGGCAUCAUCAUCGACAUACAGCCACAAAGACAGGAUUCUCAAGAGAUCAGGAGGCAAUUAUAUUAAAUGCUACAGCCAGAGCUCGAAAGGCUUAAGCCAAUCCGUUCACCAACCAUUUUAUUCUUCUUCUUCUUCUUCUUCCUCUUUCUUCGCAAAUAAUAAAUAUAUUAAUAGGGAUCAUGAUCAGAUGGUGAGCUUUUGUGAUCAGCAUGAUGAUGAUGAUUCAUCGGCUAAGUUAUUUAAAUUGAUGAGGUCGUCAUCAGCGGCUUCUCGUGAGCAUGUGCAAGGUGAUGAUAGCGGUGGCCAAUCGAAGCACGAUGAAGUUCCAUUCAUAGACUUCCUUGGCGUCGGAAUCUCAUCAUAAGAUAUGAUCUUAUUUGGUAAAAUCAUUAACUCAUGUAGUGAUUAAUUUUUCUAAUUUAAUGGAAUUCUGGAUAGCUGAUUUAGCUUUCA